GUCUCGUUUGCAAAACAAGUUCAUAGCAGAUAAGAAUAAGUGAAUACUGGGUAGGAUCGCGACCCGUUGCAGCUUUUUGGCCUGAAGGGCGUUCGGAACUUCGCAUCUGCCAGAGUCAAAGGGUUCUAGUUGGGGACUAUUACCAACUUUGUGAACUAUGGCACCCGUAGCACUCAGAGAUACAUAUUCAGGCGUUGAGGCGGCUGUCAAGUCUAAGGUGGCUCAGUCAACAACCAAAGAUGCCGCUCAGACGGCUCUCUUAGCAGCUGCCACGCGCUUUGAAGACGCCAACCCCAAAUCCAAGGCCCAGCACGAAAUUGCAGCCGGCAUCCUACCGGGUGGUAACACCCGCACGUUACUUCAUACCACGCCAUUCCCGUUGUCGAUGAAGUGUGGAAAGGGGUCUUCCGUCUGGGACGAAGAUGACCAUAAAUAUACCGACUUCGUCGGCGAACUCACAGCCGGCAUAUUUGGCCAUAAUCACCCAGUGAUUAGGGAAGCCAUUGUGUCGGCUUUCGAUAAUGUCGGUGUGUCCCUUGGCUCAACCACUAUCCAAGAGCAGAAGCAUGCCUCGCUAAUCUGCGAGCGUUUUGGGCUGGAGCGCCUCCGCUUUACCAAUACGGGCACUGAAGCUAACUUACACGCGCUUAAUGGUGCCAAACGCUUCACUGGGAGACGCAAGGUGCUCGUGUUUUCAGGUGGGUACCACGGUGCCGUGCUGUCAUUUGGCGACGGCAAGGUGGCGGAGAAUAAUGUGGAUCGGGAGGAGUGGGUGAUCGGGAGAUAUAACGAUGUUGAUGGUGCUAAGCGGCUGAUUGAAGAGACGCCGGAGCUGGCAGCUGUCUUAGUUGAGGGUAUGCAAGGCGCUGGAGGGUGCAUAAGGGGCACGAAGGAGUUUUUGCAUACCAUCCAGGAGACAACGAAGAAGGUGGGCGCUGUCUUCAUCCUGGACGAGGUUAUGACUUCCCGUAUCGCUCCGGGUGGUAUUCAGCGGUUGAUGGGCUUGAAGCCCGAUAUAACCUCCUUUGGCAAAUACUUGGGCGGCGGAUUCCCGAUAGGUGCGUUUGGUGGAAGUGAGAAAAUCAUGCGAGUGUACGAUCCGAGGGUCCCCGGGGCGCUGUCCCACUCUGGUACAUUCAAUAACAACACCAUGACGAUGCAUGCUGGUUAUGCUGGGCUGUUCCAGGUGUACACCGACGAGGUGAACCUUGCCUUCAACGCAAAAGGUGACGCAUUGCUCGAGAAGUUGCAACAUGUCAGCAAGGGAACAAAGGUCUUCUUCACAGGUAUGGGAGCUAUAUUGGCUGCCCAUUUUUCAGAUGGUGGCUCUCAGGAGGUUACGUGUAUCGAAGAUUUCGAAGAAAGGGGUGACCUGAGGGAUCUCUUUUGGUACGAAAUGUUGGAAGAUGGCUUCUGGAUCACGAGGAGGGGAUUUAUGGCGCUGAUAUUGGGUACGCCCGACGAAGAAAUGGACCGGUUUGUUGAGUGCGUUGGCAAGUUUUUGCAGAGGCACAAGGAUAUUUUGAUGCCCGAGUAGAGUUUGCGUUCAUGCACAUUUUUGUAUCAAAUUAAUUUGGGUUUUAUAAGCCAAGAUCACCAAAUGGGCCCAUGUAGUUGAAACCCGAGUUUCCCCAGUAUAGAUGGCUUGAAUCUGAAUUCCCACUCGUCACCCUAGGCUGCAUCUACACCGAGAUAGUUUGGGAAUACACGUUGAC